UCGUCACCUUCUAACGUCUGGUGCCCGCCAGGGCCCGGCACAGAGAGGGCGCAAUGGCCGAGCACGGGGCUCAUAUCACGGCCGCCUCUGGCGCGGAUGAUCGGCCCUCCAUCUUCGAGGUGGUAGCGCAGGACAGUCUGAUGGCAGCCGUGAGGCCCGCCCUGCAGCACGUGGCCAAGGUUCUUGCAGAAUCCAACCCUUCCCGUUAUGGCUUCCUCUGGCGGUGGUUUGAUGAAAUCUUCACUUUUCUGGAUCUCUUGCUACAGCAGCACUACUUGUCUAAAGCCAGUGCCUCCUUCUCUGAGAACUUUUAUGGCUUAAAGAGGAUCGUGAUGGGAGAUCCUGGAGGGGUCCGGAGGUUAGCCAGUGCUGGCCUCCCCAAGAAGCAGCUUUGGAAGUCCCUCUUAUUCCUGGUCCUCUUUCCCUAUUUGAAAGUGAAGUUGGAGAAGUUGGUCUCCAGCCUAAGAGAAGAGGAUGAGUAUUCCAUCCAUCCCCCCUCUUCCUGUUGGAAGCGGUUUUACCGAGCUUUCUUGGCAGCUUAUCCCUUUGUGACCAUGGCCUGGGAAGGCUGGUUCCUCAUCCAGCAGUUACUUUACAUCCUGGGGAAGGCUCAGCAUCAUUCACCCUUGCUGAGCUUAGCAGGAGUUCGUCUAGGUAGACUCUCGGCAGAGGAUAUCCGAGCUUUGGAAAAGGCGCUGGCUCGAGCUGGUGGGCUGCAGCAGCCAGCCACUAGUAUUCGAGAGAAGGUGCAGUCAGCUGUCAAGAAAGCUAUAGGAGGCCUUGCCUUGUCCGUCUCCACAGGCCUUUCUGUAGGUGUUUUCUUCCUUCAAUUCCUAGAUUGGUGGUACUCAUCAGAGAAUCAAGAAACCAUCAAAUCCCUGACUGCCCUGCCCACCCCACCACCCCCUGUGCACCUGGACUACAACUCUGAUUCCUCUCUGUUGCCAAAGCUGAAGUCGGUGUGCCCCUUAUGUCGCAAAACUCGGGUGAAUGACACCGCACUUGCCACCUCUGGCUAUGUGUUUUGUUACCGAUGUGUGUAUAACUAUGUGAGGAGUCACCAAACCUGCCCCAUCACAGGCUAUGCAACAGAAGUGCAGCACCUGGUUAAACUGUACUCCCCUGAAAACUGAAUGACCUUGCCAACUGUGCCCCAUGGUAAGACUACUCUGCCUACCAUCCAUUCUGCCAUAGGAUGGAUACGUGGUAUUGCUCAGCCAGACCCAUCCAUCUUAGUCACCCAUCUCAGGACCUCCUCAACCUUAAAGAGUCUAGCAAAACAUUUUUUUAAAUCAAAUACAUACCCAUUUGAAUGUAGCCUAUUAAUAUGCCUUCUAAUCCCCAUCCAGAAAUUAAUGAAAACAGAGUCAAGUUGCUAAAUGAAGACAUAACCAAGGGUCAUUAGUCGAGGGGGACAGAGUUGUUAAGAGGAUCACAUGAAAUAAGAUAUGGAAAGCACUUUAAUCAAGUUAUGAGUGCCCCGUUAGGUGGAGGGAGGAAGAGGGAGAGAUGAAGCUCUCAAUCUCUACUGUCUCCCAUACCUUGCAUCCAGACUACAGUCGCCCAAGAAGGAUCCAGAUGGGGAUGUGCAUGCACGAGGCAGGCUCCUCUUCAAGGACUCACUUGCCUGCCAAUAAUGUUUUUUAGGUGUUCAAGGAGGAUUUUGUUUGCUUCGAAUGGAAAUAAAGCUUAAGAAAAUGAGUCACUUUUUCAAGCUGACACCCCUUCAGCACAGUUCUUAUUAAUGCCCCAUCUAGUUUGGAUUGUGAUUUGGAGUGAAUCCUUCACAAGUACAUAAUUUGCCUUUCUUUGGAAACUGGAUAAGGUCAAAUAAAGUAUUAGGUGGAUUUUCCAUUUAGAGCAGUCUGAGAAUUUUAAGUGUGAAAGUCAAACUUACAAACCAUAAGGAGAAAAUACAGUUAGACCUGCACUAAUCCAACUGUCAUAUAGUCACAGAGUAUCAGAGCUGAAAGGGACCUCUAGUCCAAGUCCUCAAUUUACAGAGAAAGAAUAGAGGCUUCUAAGUGAGUGAUUUGCCCAUGGUUACCCAGCCAGUUAAUGACAGAGCCAGGACUAGAAUCCAGGCACCCUGACUUCCUCACCCAGUGCUCUUUUCUCCACUGUGCCAUAAAUAAAAGGGAGCAGAAAAACAGUUGUGUGUGAGCAUUUUCUGCUAACUCCCAAAAGUGUUUGCUUAGCUAGCAUGAACACAUCUCACCACUACUAACUGCAAUUUUUAUGAAGCCCCCUCUGUAAUGUAGCCCAAAAAUAAAUUUUGGUUUUACACAAUACAAAAAUUCGCUGCUUU